UAUCAACAAUUUCACAAAGUAGCGCAACAGUCCCUGGUGGUCUAGUGGUUAGGAUUCGGCGCUCUCACCGCCGCGGCCCGGGUUCGAUUCCCGGUCAGGGAACUCACUUUUGGUUAACUGAUCCUGAUAUAAUCUUGUGUUUUACUCGCUUGCUCGAGGGAUAAUUCCAAUGAGCACAUUGGCAUCCAGCAAACGUACAGAAUCAGAGAGAGAGAGGGAGGUGGUCGGUCUCCUGACGAUCUGUACAGUAUGUGACGUCAUACUUCUUCUUUCUUCAGAAAUGUGUCACUGUCUUCUGUCUGUGAGGGAAAGCGACAGGGUGGAAGGACAACAGACGGUCGGCUGUGAUGCUGCUCUUGGUUCUCUGGUCCAGUUUCCUGGUUUUGUGGCCAUCACAAGGCGCUAUGGAGGGCAACGAUCAGGACGUCUGUCAGGGGGAAAAGGUUAUGGAGGAGCUCCACGUGCUUGACUUCAUGAAUUCUAUGCUCCUUGAAGACUCUAUAGAGCUGACCGAUGUACGUGAAACCUUCAUCUGCCUCCUUUACCCAACAAAUCUACUCAACUGCUCCUGGUCAUUCCUCACAUUAGAGAAGGAUAUGCAGCUCUCUGUCUCUAUCAGUGUCUGCCACGAUACCACAACAGUUAAGACUCUGAGCCAAUCGCCUGUGGAACGGGUCGGAUCAAGGUCUUUCGAUCUGGAGCAGCAUGAGGAGUUACAUGUAAUACUUCAAUUUAACAUGACCCAGCAUGACAAGUAUAGAGUCUACACCUACUCAUACAACAAGGACACACUGGAGGUCGUCCCCCCACCCUCAAACAUCUCUGCAGCAUUCAAAGAUGGAGACCUAUUGGUGAGGUGGGCUGAAUCACGCCCCUUUUGCUUUGAACACCAGCUAGACCUGGGUAACCAGGAGCCUCCUAAACAGCUGAAAUCCCAGCUGUCUUACACAGAGCUGAGUGCGGAUCCUACCUUCACCUACAGAGUGAGGAUGAAGAAGAGGAAGCUGGACUUUUGCAUCGAAUCUCAGUGGAGUGAAUGGAGUCCCACUGUCUCGGUGGAACCGUCAGGUGUGCCAGACAAACUCAACACCCUGUCCAUCAUCUCGAUUUCAUUUGGAAUACCCAUGAUCCUCCUGGCUUUGCUGCUGUUUCUGCGCCAUCAGAGGGUGUCUAAACUUCUGUUUCCUCCGAUUCCUCGCCCACCGCCUAAGUACAUAAAUUACCUGGAAGAAAAUGACCCUUUCAAUUUCUCCCCUCCUGUGCAGCCUUCUAAGGCUGAAGAGGAGAUCACUAAGGUGACGGAAGAAGAGGAGAACCCUUUAAAGAGAUUUUAAAAGUAAUGUGGGGAGGACACUUUCAAAUUUACAGUAUUUACACCGACCUAACACCAACAACAUUUCCCCUCAAAUUUGUUGAUUGUAUGCGUAUGAAUGUGGGAGUGUAUUUGUGUGGGGAGGUGUGUUUUUUUUUGGGGGGGGGGGGGGGGGGGGGGUCUUGAGUUUUACAGCCUUAUAUUCAAUGGUCUCAAGGUCAAUAGUGUUAGCUCAGGUUUGCACCUUUAUAUUGUCCAAUACUUGUUGGCCGCUUCGCUUGUCACAUCUUAGCUUAGGGUAAACAAAACUUUGUGGAUAUGGUUGAAUCUUCACACGCAUUCGCAUUUGUCUACACAUGUAUAAAUCUCAAUGCACUUUCAUUUCAUAAAUUUCAGAACGCAUUUGCAGCUUCUUUUAUAGGCUUUUGAGAAACACACACACACACACACACACGCACACAUUUGUACAGCUAUCUUAGUGAGGAAAUUCAUUGGCAUAAUGCAUUCCCUAGCCCCUUACCCUAACCCUAACCAUCCAAACUAAAUGCCUAACCCUGAGCCUCAACCUAACCUCAACCUAAUUCUAACCCUUAAACCAAGUCCAUUAAAGGGGGUCACAAAGUGAUGACCGGUCAAAAGGUCAUCACUUUCACAAAAUGACCUCACCUUGAGGUUGUAAACUCAAACCGGUCCUCAUAAAGAUAGCUGUACAAGAGUAGACACACACACAUACACACACACACACACACACACACACACACACACACACACAAAUACACGUACACACACACACACACACACACACACACACACACACACACACACACACACACACACACACAUAUCUCUCUACCUGAACCAGCAGCAGGUCACUGGCCCUGAAAUGUGGAACUAGAGCUUUGACAAAAAGUGUGUACCUUUUUGUGUGUGUGGAAUAAAGUUUGGUAAUGCAUCA